AUGACAAGCAGAAGUAUUGAGGAGUCCAUGGGGGCUGUUCAUAUGGGGUUAGUCAGAACACUUAAAGGAUUCCAAAGCAAGAUUUUACCACCCCUGAGUCCAAAGGUGGUUGCAGAAGAUGAAGUAAAUCGAAUGCUGACACCCUCGGAGUUCCUGAAGGAAAUGUCCCUCACCACAGAGCAGAGACUGGCCAACACCCGUGUGAUGUGCCGACCGCAGAUCAUUGAACUUUUAGAUAUGAGGGAAACAACACAUCAAAAGUUUCCAGGAAUUGACCUGGAUCAGGCAUUAUUCCAGCCUUUUCCAUCAGAAAUCAUAUUUCAGAACUACACACCCUGUGAAGUCUAUGAGGUCCCACUGGUUUUGAGGAACAAUGACACAAUUCCAAGGAUGGUGAAAGUUGUUGAGGAAAGUUCACCUUACUUUAAAGUAAUCAGCCCCAAAGAUAUCAGCCACAAAGUCGCUCCAGGAGUGCCAUCCGUGUUCCGAAUCCUCUUUACUCCCGAGGAAAACAAGGAUUAUGCCCAUAUGUUGACCUGUGUUACUGAAAGAGAAAAGUUUAUUGUGCCCAUCAAAGCUAGAGGUGCACGAGCCAUCAUAGAUUUUCCUGACAAGCUGAAUUUUUCCACUUGCCCUGUCAAAUACAGCACUCAGAAGAUCCUGCUGGUACGAAACAUUGGCAACAAAGAUUCUGUGUUUCACAUCAAAACUCAUAGGCCCUUCUCUGUAGAGCCAUCUGUUGGAACUCUUAAUGUAGGAGAGUCCAUGCAACUGGAAGUGGAUUUUGAACCACAGACUGUGGGCAAUCACAGUGAAAGACUUAUUGUGCAUUAUGACACAGGUGAAAAGGUGUUUGUAUCUCUGUAUGGAGCUGCCGUAGACAUGAACAUAAGGUUGGACAAGAAUUCCUUGAUCCUUGAGAAAACUUACAUAUCUCUGGCCAAUCAGCGAACUGUAACUAUUCACAACCACAGUAGCAUCAUUGCCCAUUUCCAGUGGAAGAUAUUUGCUACCCAGGUAGAGGAAGACCAAGAAAAGUACAGGGUCUGUGAUGAUCUUAGCAAAAAGGAAAAGAGUGAGACUGAUGAGUUUCUUGAGGAGUGCAUUAUUGAUCUUUCUCUUCGACAACGUCUUUCCAUUCUCUCCCGAACUUUUGAGAAUCAGAGAAAGCUGGUUCAGGCAGACAGCAUGCUCUUCUUGAAUACCAUUUUCACUAUUGAGCCUCUGGAAGGCGACGUCUGGCCCAAUUCAUCAGCUGAAAUCACUGUGUACUUUAAUCCCCGGGAAGCCAAGCUCUACCAGCAGACCAUCUACUGUGACAUUUCAGGUCGAGAGAUCCGUCUGCCCCUCCGAAUCAAAGGGGAAGGAAUGGGACCAAAGAUUCAUUUCAACUUUGAGUUGCUGGAUAUUGGAAAAGUUUUUAUUGGAUCUGUACAUUGUUAUGAGGCAGUGCUAUCCAACAAAGGCAGCAUUGAUGCCCUCUUCAAUGUGAUCCCUCCAGUUUCACCUCUGGGGGCCUGCUUUGUUUUCAGUCCCAGAGAAGGCAUCAUCAAACCAAGCGGAGUCCAGGCUGUCCAGAUCUCCUUCAGUUCUGCUAUCCUAGGGCACUUUGAAGAAGAGUUCCUGGUCAAUGUGAAUGGGUCACCUGAGCCUGUGAAACUGACCAUUAGAGGCUGUGUCAUUGGACCUACCUUCCAUUUUAAUGUUCCUGCUCUGCAUUUUGGUGAUGUUUCCUUUGGGUUUCCUCAUACCUUGAUAUGUUCCCUCAAUAAUACCUCCUUGGUCCCCAUGACCUUCAAACUGCGUGUCCCUGGGGAUGGCGUUGGCCAGCAAAGCAUUUUAAGUUGUGAGCAGUAUUCAGACAACCAAAAACCAUUUUGGAACAAGGAUGAAUUACCUGUAAUAAGACCAAAAGAAUUCACCAUAACCCCCAGCUGCGGCACCAUUCGCUCCCAGGGAUUUGCUGCUAUCAGGGUGACCUUAUGUUCCAACACUGUGCAGAAAUACGAGCUGGCCCUGGUGGUAGAUGUGGAGGGCAUCGGGGAGGAAGUGCUGGCGCUCCUAAUUACAGCAAGGUGUAUUGUGCCUACCCUCCACGUGGUUAAUACAGAGGUGGACUUCGGGCGUUGCUUCCUGAAGUAUCCAUAUAAGAAAACGAUCCAGCUUGUCAAUGACGACAACCUCCCAGGAUGCUACCGGGUCCUGCCUCAGGUAUAUCAGGAUGUGCCCGCUGUGCUGCUCUCUAGUCCCACGCCCUGUGGGAUCAUCCCCCCGCACAGCACAGUUCACAUACCUCUGACCCUGGAGACCCAAGUCCCUGGGGAAUACAGGUCCACAAUUUACAUCUCAACCUUUGGGAGCCAGGAUCCCCCGAUGGUAUGUCACUUAAAGAGCAUCGGAGAAGGCCCAGUUAUCUAUGUACAUCCUAGUCAAGUUGACUUUGGCAAUAUCUACGUCCUGAAGGACUCCCUCAGGGUUCUCAACUUGUCUAACCAGUCUUUCAUCCCUGCAUUAUUCAAGGCACACAUGGCACACAAAAAGUCCCUUUGGACCAUUGAGCCCAAGGAAGGCAUGGUUCCCCCGGAAAGUGAUGUCAAACUGACAUUGACUGCCAACCUGAACGACAUACUGACAUUCAAAGACACAGUCGUUUUGGACAUUGAGAAUAGCAACACCUACCGAAUUCCUGUCCAGGCUUCAGGAGUUGGCUCCACCAUUGUUUCAGAUAAGCCCUUUGCACCAGAACUCAAUUUGGGAGCACACUUUAGCCUGGACACCUAUUACUACCGCUUCAAGUUGACCAACAAGGGGCGUCGGGCCCAACAGUUGUUCUGGAUGAAUGAAGAUUUCUGUCCCCAAGAAAAGUUGAGCAAGAGGAAACGGGCCAAGAAGGAUCGUGCUAAGAGCCAGCCCCAGGUCCAGUGCUGCCAGGCACCCAGGGAGCCUCAUGGCCCCGUGUUUCAGCUCCACCCCGUCAGGAUGGAGCUGUCCCCAGGCCAGACGAUCGACGUGAUACUCGAAGGCUAUUCUGCCACUCCCAGGGUAGUCAAAGAAAAGCUGGUGUGCCACACCAUCAUUGGGACACAAAAGGGGAAGAGCCUGGUGAUGACCGUGAACAUCAUCUGUGAGUUUGUGGCGCCGUUCAUCCAGCUCUCCACCAAGCAGCUCAUUUACCGACUGGAGAAGAAACCUAACACUAUCCUAGAACCUGAAUACCAGCCCUUGGCCAUAAAGAACAUUUCCACACUGCCUGUGAAUGUGUUGCUCUCCACAGGUGGACCCUUCUUUAUCUGCGAGACUGAUAAAUCCCUACUGCCUUCAACUCCUGAGCCUGUUAAACUGGAAGUCGGUGAAGUAAAAGACCUGCUGGUCAGAUUUGACCCUUCCUACAAAAAUGAUCUGAACAACUGGGUGGCCGAAGAAGUUUUAGCCAUCAAGUAUGUGGAGCACCCUCAAGUGGACAUCCUGCACCUGCGUGGAGAAGUGAAUUACCCCAACCUCACCUUUGAGACCAUGGAGCUGGAUUUUGGCUGUAUCUUGAAUGACACUGAGGUGAUCCGCUACGUCACGAUCACCAACUGCAGCCCCCUGGUUGUGAAGUUUCGCUGGUUCUUCCUGGUGGACGAUGAGGAAAAUCAGAUAAGGUUUGCGCUGUCCCAGGGGGAGUCCACCCCAGUAACCCUGGCAUCUGUCAGCUCGGCUGCGGUCCCAGCAGUAGAGUCCCCCGAGAUCGACCUAAGUGAUUUUGUUAAGACUGUUGUUGUGGAUGAAGAUGUUGGAUCUGAAGAAAGAGAAAACAAAAAAGCACAAGUGCCCGCCCUGGCCAUCUCAGACGGAUUGAAAAUGAACUCUGCUGAAACAGAAAGAAUAGACGUGAACCAGAGCCACAGGGAGUUUCAGGAAUCCCCGUGGAGCUUUGAGCGGGAUGAAAUGUUUUCCAUUGGCGUAGAAGAAGUGUUUGAUAUUUUGCCCCUCUAUGGAGUGCUGCAGCCACACAGUAGCCACCAGAUAUCAUUCACCUUCUAUGGACACUGUGACAUCAUUGCACAGGCUAAGGCUCUGUGCGAAGUGGAAGGAGGCCCCACCUAUGAGAUCAUACUGAGGGGAGAGGCCUCCCUGGUCAACUACUCCUUUGACACCAAGGAUAUUAACUAUGGAUUACAGCUGUUCGACCUUGUCACAGAGAAUGAAAUCACUCUGAAGAACACUGGGAAAGUUGGCUUUGAGUUCAGGGUUCUGACUGACCCCCAGUCUUCACCAGACAACCUUCUACCAGGAGUACCACUCAUCCAGCCUCUCUCAGGUUUUAUCAGUUCCCAUAAAGAGCGAGUAUUGAAGGUUUAUUACUUACCUGGAGUGCCUGAGAUCUUUCAAAGAAGUUUCCAGAUACAGAUUGCCCACUUGGACCCAGAAAAUAUUACUCUGAGUGGAGAGGGAAUCUUUCCCCGAAUCUGCCUCGAUCUCCCCAGGAACCUCAAAGGAUGUGAAAAAUAUAAAAUCUUCUUAAAUCAGGCCAGAAAAAACCUAGAGAAAGAGUGCACUAAACGUGAAACGCUUUAUCACUUGGAGACACCAGAGGAGAACGUGCCUGACGAUGAUUCUUCUGAGUUAAAUGCUCACCUCCAGAUGGAAGUAGAGCGACUUAUAGUCCAAGACUAUGCCAUAGAACAUCAGAAAUCAAUUGUCCCUGCUUCCGUGGAUGACUUCUACCAUCGGAGUCGCCGUAAACCAAUCAAAGUCCAGCUACCAGAAUACAUCCUGGACUUUGGCUACAUCAUCCUCGGUGACGUCCAAACCCACAUCAUCAAGAUCACCAACACCAGUCACUUUCCAGUGUCCUUCCAUGCAGAGAAGCGUGUCCUUCAUGACACAGGCUUUAGUAUUGAGCUAGAUCGUGUGAAGAAUCUGCCUUACUGUGAAACAGAAACAUUUGAAGUGCGAUUCGACACACAAGGGGGCAACGUUUCUGUUGGCAACAAAGAGGUCAUUCUGCCCAUCAAGGUGGUUGGAGGGCCACCAGUUCACAUCUGUCUCCAAGCCAAGGUGACCGUUCCCAGUAUGACACUGUCUUGUGGAAAAGUGGAGUUUGCCACAAUUCAGUGUGGACAGUGCCUUGUGCAAACUAUUCAGCUUUCCAAUCAUCUCCAAGUCCCUUGUGAAUGGUUUGUCCAGAGCCAUAAGCAAGUUGUUAGCAAGCUGGAGAAACACAUGCCAAAAUACUUAAGACGCAAACUAUGUGCUGAAUUAAAGCCAAAGACACGGAUCUUUGAGAUUCAGCCCACUUCUGGGGUCUUGGAUCCUGGUGAGAGGUCCAACGUGCAAGUGAAAUUCAUGCCCAAAGAGGAGAAAUUCUACAGCCAAACCUUGGUGUUCCAGAUUUCCCAGAGCACUCAAAAGCUUACUCUGCUGGCGGAGGGGCAAGGUCUAGAACCUCGCUUGGAAUUUAGUCCCUCAGUUCUGGAGCUGGGGCCCCUGCUGCCCUACGCAGCUGGAGAUGAGGCCGAGGUGGUGGUGAAAAAUCCCUGCAGCUUUCCCAUUGAGUUUUACUCCUUAGAAUUUGACCAGCAAUAUCUUGUAGAAGAGAAGAUCUUGCGAACACUGAAGGGCUAUGAUUCCUACAACUCUCUGCUGCUGCCUCCUCGCCUUCCGGGGGAGAAGCUGCCCCCAGAGGUGUAUGAGUACUUCAGGGAGAUAAAGCGGUCCAAAGAGGAGCAGAUGAAGGUGAAAUAUCUGGAGAGUCUGGCGCAGGAGAACGAAGAGGACGACGGUCCCUUGUCAGAGCAGGGCACUUCGGCAAGCACAAAGAGGACCUCGCUCAGCCGAGGGAUCUCUGUGACAUCCAACCUGGAAGAGCGGCACAUCCCAAUGGUCGAGUCCAAGACCUACCCGGAGGAAGAGGAGGAUGAGGAUAGCCUGGAAAAACUCAUGUUGCAAACUGACAAGAUUCAGAGUAUUGACAGCCACUCUGCGGAGGAGGUUGGAGAAGUAGAGAACAACCCAGUGAGCAAGGCCAUUGCUCGCUACCUGGGCAUUGACAUCUCUGCAGAAGGCCGCAUGGCCAAGAACCGGAAAGGCAUCGCCAUCAUCAUCCAUGGGACGCCCUUGUCAGGAAAGUCAGCCACCGCAGUCAACAUGGCCAGGUACUACAGCGCUGCCUGCCUGAACCUUGACUCUGUUGUGCUGGAAGCCAUCUCUGACAGCAGCAAUGUCGCAGGCAUCCGCGCCCGGGAGCUCUGCAUUCGGGCUGCUAUAGAGCAGUCCAUGAAGGAGGAGGAGUCUGCCCAGGAAGCUGCUGCUGUGAGUCAAAAUGCCGUGGGACAAUUGCGACUGAGCAGUGAGACCCUGGGCAAGUUAACUUCGGAAUCCACUCUGCUAACUCCCGAAGUGAAACCUACCAAGCCUGUGCGUGGGAGUGUGCUGCUCACCAAGGGCAAGGCAGAGAGCCACGGCUCUGGGUCUCAGAAGCAGCAUCACCAGCACGCGUCCGAAACGCCCCAGGUUUCCUCCAGCCCUCUCCCCUCGGGGCCCACGCAGCGUCGACUCAGUGUCAGUGCCAGUGUUGGAGGUGAUACUGGGCUCGUGAGCUGCGUGCUCCCUGAGGAGCUAUUCACUCAGAUCCUGGCCGACCGAAUUCAGCUGAGUGACUGCUACCGAGGAGUGGUGUUUGACAGCCUGGAGACACUCUUUGCUCGGAACGCGGCUACCGCUCUCCUCUGCCUGCUGAAGGCCAUUGGCAAUCGGGAGCACAUCUAUGUCAUCAACAUGGCCCAGGAUUACACAGCCAUGAAGGCCCGGGAGAAAGCCAAAAAUGAGCAAGAAGAGCACAAACGCAGGGAAGCGCAGAAGAGAGAGAAGGAGCGUCUCCAAAGCAUGGGUGAGGAAGAAUAUGAUGCCUUGACAGAGGAGGAGAAGAUAACCUUCAACCGAGAGGUUCAGCAAGCCCUGCGGGAGAGGAAGAGGAGGGAGCUGGAGAGACUGGCAAAGGAGAUGCAGGAAAAGAAGCUACAGCAGGAACUUGAGCGACAGAAGGAAGAAGAUGAGCUAAAACGGAAGAAUAAAAAGCCAAAGCAGGGACCCGUGAAGGAGGAGCCAUCCAUGAAGAAAUCUCAGAUACCAAGCCGGCAGAUUCUUACUUUUUCCAAACUAGAGGUGAAGAUUGACGCAAUAGAAAGAAAAGCGUCCGUCAGAGACCAGGUAGCAGUGGAGAAGGAAGUGGAUGAGAGGAGGGGGAACCUCUUGUCAGAUAUCAACAUGCUUUGGUUUCCUCUUGUCCAGGAGCAAGAAGACAACGAGGGGGACCUCCCGAAGGACACUGACAAGAACAUGGCGCAGAAGUUUAAGACCUUCGAGCUGACCCUGAAGGACAUCCAGAACAUCCUCACGUACUGGGACCGGAAGCAGGGGAUUCUGCUGCACCACAUCGGCGCUGAGGACAUGAGCCAUGAGGACGGGGCCGACCAGCGCCAGGUUCCCUCCGGCGGACGCCGAGGCCGCAAGGACCGGGAGCGGGAGCGCGCGGAGAAGGAGCGAGCCGAGAGGGAGCGCCUGGAGCGGGAGAGGGCCGAGAGGGAGCGGCUGGAGAAGCUCCGUGCACAGGAGGAGCGCAGCGACGGAGGCGAGGGCGAGGAGGAGGACCACGAAGGGAAGAAGGAUCUGGGUGUGCCGUUCAUAAACAUCCAGACGCCUGACUCGGAAGGCUCGAGCUGGAAGCAGGCCCUGGAAAAUGAGAGGCUUCCUAAAGGGGAACAGAUCCUAGACAUCUUGGGCCUGGGCUCCUCUGGACCACCUAUCCCACCACCUGCUUUAUACUCAAUCAUCUCCUACCCUGCGAAGCGACAGCCUUUGGCCAUGACAGAAAUCCUGAAGCAUUUCGUGUUUGUAACUCCACCCUCUGAAGACUUCUCCCUGAUUGAGGAGAAAAGAGAAGUGGAAGCAGAAACAGAGCUUUCAACCACCCCAGGCUCCUCGAAGACCCAGGAGGAGCAAAUCACCUCAUCUAAAGGGAGCAAACAGAAAACGAAAGAAAAAGAGAAAGAAAAAACGGAUCAGCCACGUGAGACUCAGAAGGAGAAACGUCGAAUGGCCUUCAACAGGAAGGGCCUUUCUGCAGGAACUUCCGGAACCAUUGCUCCACUGUCGGACGUAGAGCAAAACAACUUAUCUGGGCAGCAUUCGCAGGAGAAAUUCACCAGGCUGAAUCAUUUCCGGUGGAUCGUGCCUGCCAACGGUGAGGUGACAUUGCGCCUACACUUCUCUUCCAACGAUCUUGGGAUCUUUGACCAAACAUUUAACUUUGAGAUCCUUGGAACUCACCGCCAGUACCAGCUUUACUGCCGAGGUGUCUGCACUUACCCAUACAUUUGCCAAGACCCAAAGGUGGUAUUCCCUCAGCGGAAGAUGGACAUGAAGGCAAAUGAGAUCAUCUUUAAGAAGUAUAUUGUGAGCAUGGAGAGGUUUCACUUCGGACCACUGCUUUGUGGGAAAUCAAGAGAUAAGUACAAGUCCUCCUUGUUCCCAGGCAACAUGGAGACACUGACAAUCCUGAACAGCUCCCCAAUGGUCGUGGAGGUGUUCUUCUGUUUUCAGAAUGACAUCAAAGCAAACACCUACUUCCUGGAGCCCAUCAACAUGACUCUGAAACCCAAUGAGAAGCAGACGCUGAAUGUAUGGGCCUACCCUACUGCAGUCGGGGUCUUUGAAGACAGCAUUGUGUGCUGCAUCAAGGAGAACCCCGAGCCAGCUGUCUUCAAGUUAAGCUGCCAGGGUGUCCGCCCAGAACUGGAGCUGGAUCCCAGACAAUUGCAUUUUGACCGGCUCUUGCUGCACAGAAAAGACUCCAAGGCAGUUCUUCUCCGCAACAUCACACUCCUGCCCCUGGCCUGGAGGAUCACCAGCCUGGAGCACCUGGGCGAAGACUUCACCGUGUCCACCAUGCAGGGGAUCAUAGCUGCCAAGUCUGAGUAUAGCCUUCAGGUGCAGUUCCAGCCCUCCAAACCUGUCAAUGUCAAGAAGGCAAUCCGGUUGGAGGUUUUGGACGCAGACAACCUCAUUGGUGUCGUUCAGAUUGAAAACAUCCUGCUCUUUGCCGAGUCCUAUGACGUUGCCUUAGACAUCACCUUCCCCAAAGGAGCUGAAGGAGGCCUUGAUUUUGGGAUUGUGAAGGUCAUGGAUGAGGUGAAGCAGCCCCUGCAGCUGAAGAACCGUGGGAAAUAUGAGGUCAUGUUCAGCUUUUCUGUGGACUCCUUAGGGAUUUCUGCAGCCAAUAUAAGUUCCAUGAUCACAGUCCAACCCAAGAAGGGCUCACUGACCAUGACAGAAAAGCCCACAAAUGUCCAGGUGCUCUUCCAUGCAAAAAAGGAAGUGAAAAUCGAGAACCAGCCAGUUCUGCGCUGUCAGAUUAUUGAGCCUAAUAUCUCAGAAGGAGGUGAAAUGAUUGCCAGCAUCCCGAUUAAGUUUUCUGUGACUGCGGUGUUCUCCAAAUACAGCAUCAGCCCCUCCUCCAUCAUCAACUUCGGGGCUUUGAUCUACGGCACUCGUAAAAGUGCCUUCUUCACCAUAGAAAAUCAAGGCAUGAUCGACUUCAAGUAUGCCCUGUAUAGGCUGACAGGGGAGAGCCCCAUUCAUCAGAAGAAAGUAGCCACCCAUGUUAGACAUGCAAGAUCCCGGGAAAGCGAGAGCUUCUACAAGACUGGACCUUCCAAAACAACCAAGUUCUCUGACUCUGUUCAGAAGGACAUGAACGUCACAAGCCAGGCUCGCUUCACCCACGGGAUGUUCACCGUGUACCCUGGGUUUGGUACCAUCCCUUCCGGAGGGAUGCAGGUCAUCACUGUUGACUGUGUGGCUGACCCCGUGGGAAGAUGUGAAGAGUUCAUAGCAAUUGAUAUCUCUGACCGAGAUCCAAGAGACCAGCCUGCUGGCAUCCCAUACAGCCUGUUGGCUGAAGCCUGUCAGCCAGCCUUUGUGACUGACAACAACAGCUUGAUAUUUGAGGAGCACCAGCUCUGUAGCAGCGCCAGCCUGAACAGCAUCCUGCAGACCAUAGAGAGCGGGGGGUUGUAUGUGGAGGAUGAGAACAAGUUCAUCUUCUGCAACGUCCUGGUGGGCCAUCAGGCCAAGGCUCGGUUCAAGAUCUGCAAUGUGGGAAAGAUCGCCUGUGACGUGAACCUCGUGGUUAAGCCCAUCUCCAGCAAGGUCUUUGCCCGCAUCACCGACAUCUUUGAAGUGGAACCCAACAAGAUGUGUGUUGCUAGCCGCUCACACGCCUUUGCCACAGUGUCCUUCACCCCACAGACCAUGCAGACCUACCAGUGCAUCUUUGAGGCCACCUUGGAUGGCUUGCCCAGCAACCUGGCCAAGAACCGAAGCCUUGUGUUUGAUAUCGUUGGAGAGGGGAACCUCCCUCGGGUGACCAUUGUGCGGCCAGUUCUCUACAACCAGUACGGAAACCUCUUACUUCUCUUUAAGAGGCUUCUGCUUGGUCGUUCAGAGACACUGCCUCUUAUCCUCAAGAACAGCGGUGCCAUCCCCGCCAAGCUGCACAUUGAUAUACAGGACCAACUAGGAGUCUUCUCCCUGAAAGGGAAGCCCUCUACCUCCUAUAUCUACAUCACAGAGGAAAACAAACCACAAGCAAAAGCAAAGAAACCUCACACAGCUUCCCUGGUUGUUCCUCCUGGAGAAAUAGCCGAAUUUGAUGUUGUUUUCCACUCCAAGAAAGUCGGGAGAAUGGCAGGCACCCUUCACUUGUCAGUGAUCAACAACCAGUACGAGGAUACAGUCAUCCACAUGGCGGGAGAGGGCUAUGAGGAUGACAUCACCUUGGACAACAUCCACGGGCUGCUGGCUUCCUCCAGCCAGGAGUCCUCAGAUAUCUCUGAGGCCAAUGAGGAAAGCAGCAUAGAAGACUUGGUGGCAGCUGCUCUGGUGAAUCAUAUCCAGUUCGGGGACUGCCACAUUGGAACCAGCUAUAAUGCGAGCUUCACCAUCACUAAUCACAGCCAAGCGAAUGUAAUACGGUUUGAAUGGCCACUUUUGGCUACCGUUUCUUUCUCCCCACAGAUGGGCCACCUCCACCCUGGCUGUGCCAAGGACGUAGUGGUGACCAUGAAGUCAGACGUGCCCAUCAACCUGAAGAAGAUGGGGGUCAAGUGCAAGGUCUCCAAGAUCAUGUUUCCACUCCCUGCAGACCAAGUACCUGACUGGGAUGACCGCAUGCGGACGGUCAAGUGGGUGGACAUGCCCAGAAACACUCCCGGGACUUUCACUACAAAGCGAAAAGUGAUAGAGACUGAUCCCGAGCCGGCCUACUCAGUCCUAGAAGAGAACUAUCGAGAACUGCAGCUGCAAAUCAGUGCCCACGUGAAUUUCGCCUCAUAUAAGUGCCAGACUACCGACGUGCACUUUAAGGAAACACUGAUUUACCAGACUCGAGUGUUUGAGUUUGAACUGAUUAACUCAGGAAAUGUGCAGCUGGAAUUCAACUGGAUCUCAGAAGAGACAGCAAAGGCUGUCAGCUUUGCCAUGCCAGACAACCAAGGUUUCUCCCAAAGAGACCAGCUUAGCCAGGGCACGCUGCACACAGUCAGCACAGUGGACAGUGCCAUGGACCACUGGAACGAAACUUCCCUGCCACCCUUCUCUGUGGAGCCCGUCUCGGGUAUUGUGCCGGUGGGGAAGACUCAGAAGCUCAAAGUGAAAUUCUCCCCAUUGGAAGUUGGAGACUUCGAGAGCAAUCUUUUCUGCCAGAUUCCUAACCUGCCACCCGGAGAGCAUGGCCCAGUCCUGUCAGCCAAAGGGCGGAGCUCCCUGCCCAUCUGCCAUUUUGACCUGAAAGAUUCAGACUACAUCAUCAGUCGUCGGCGCAACCCAGACCUCCGAGGGCCUAGUGGUGGGGCUCUGGAUCCAAACACCCGGGUGAUUGAGUUCACCAGCGUGGGCAUAGGAGGGAAGAAUCUCCGAACCUUUACAAUAUUAAACCCGACCAGCAGUGCCUACACCUUCUCCUGGGUCUCUGAAGAAAUUGAAAGUCUCCAGAACCCUCCAGCCUUCACAUGCCUUACAGAGAAGGGCCUCAUCCUCCCUGAAAAGAAAGCUGAGGUUAUCUUCCAGUUCACACCUUCCCAUCUGGACAUCUCGGAGGCAUUCUGGACUUUCUUAAUCCCCGAACACAACAUCACAGUCCCUUUCCUGCUGGUAGGCAAAGCCACUGACCCUCUCAUCAGUUUGGACAAGUCACACAUCAACUUCAGUUGUCUCCUCAUGGGCAGAGAAGCCAGGGAGACUGUGAAGAUCAUCAACAAGGAGGAGCAGGAGUUCCACUUUGCCUUCCAGGACACCUCCCGGUAUUCUGAAGCUUUCAGCAACAGCCUGGUUGUAUGUCCCAUGGAAGGCUGGGUCCCCCCACUGUCCAGGUUCCCAAUUGAUAUUUUCUUCACACCGAAGAAAGAAGGAGAUGUGAACUUUAAUUUGAUCUGCAAUGUGAGAAAGAAAGCCCACCCUCUGACCUUAAAUGUCAAGGCUGAGGGCUACUCUGUGAAUGUGGAGGUCAAAUGCAAGGACAGGAACGGCUCCAUCACUCUCCUGACCCCCAACCAGACUACCACUGUCAACUUCUAUGAGGUGGAAUUGAAUGAGUGUGUCCAGUGUGAAUUCAGCUUUAUCAACACUGGAAAGUUCAACUUCAGCUUCCAGGUGGAGCUGUCCGGCCCCAGAUCUCUGCUACAGUACUUGGAAUUUUCACCCACCAAUGGCAGUGUGGACGUGGGGCAGAGUGCACACGCCUCCCUGUCUUUCCGGCCAUUAAAGAAAUGUGUCUUGAAGGGUCUGGAACUCAAAAUUAAGAUCAGCCAUGGUCCAACAUUUACAUGCAUCAUCUCAGGGUGUGCUGUGAGCCCAGCUGUCCACUUCUCCUUCACCAGCUACAACUUCGGCACUUGCUUCAUCUACCAGGCUGGCAUGCCCCCAUACAAGCAAACCCUGCUUGUCACCAACAAGGAGGAGACAGCUAUGAGCUUGGAUUGUUUGUACACCAACACCAGCCACCUCGAGGUGAACUUCCGAGUCGAUGUGAUAAAGCCAGGAAAGACACUGGAGAUCCCCAUCACCUUUUAUCCUCGAGAAACUAUCAGUUAUCGAGAACUCAUCCCCUUUGAAAUCAAUGGGCUAUCGCAGCAAGUAAUUGAAAUCAAAGGGAAAGGAACGGAAAUGAAGAUUUUAGUCCUAGAUCCAGCCAAUAAGAUUGUGAAGUUAGGAGCCAUCCUACCUGGGCAGGUGGUGAAAAAAAUGGUUUCCAUCAUGAACAACAGCCAAGCCCAGCUCACAUUUAACCUGUCAGUCAUGUUCUCAGCGGAACUCCAGGAAACCAAGGUCAUCACCUUGUCACCAUUCCGCAACAUCACUCUGAAGCCCAGAGAGGUUCGGAAGCUGGAAGUCACCUUUGCCCCGCUAAAGCGUGUCCCUCCCUUCUCCGAGGAGGUGUUCAUGGAGUGCAUGGGGCUCCUGCGGCCCCUUUUCCUCAUCAACGGCUGCUGCCAAGCCCUGGAGAUCUCCCUGGACCAGGAGCAUCUUCCCUUUGGACCAGUAGUGUGUCAGACACAAGCCACGCGUCGCAUCCUCAUGUUGAACACGGGUGACGUGGGUGCAAGGUUCAAAUGGGAUGCCAGAAAACUUGAGCCUCUGUUCUCCAUCAGCCCAGAAGAGGGCUAUAUCACUGCAGGCAUGGAGGUUUCUUUCGAAGUGACUUACCAUCCUACCGAGGUGGGCAAGGAGAUUCUCCACAAAAACUUGCUCUGCUUCAUCCAGGGAGGCAGUUCUCUGAGCCUAACCCUGUCUGGAGUAUGCGUGGGACCACCUUCAGUAAAAGAGGUGGUGAAUUUCACCUGCCAGGUGCGCUCCAAGCACACACAGACCAUCAUGCUUUCAAACCGCACCAACCAAACCUGGAAUCUGCACCCCAUCAUUGAGGGCGAGCACUGGGAGGGGCCCGAGUUCAUCACCCUGGAGCCUCACCAGCAAAACAAGCCCUACGAGAUCACCUACCGGCCCCGCACCAUGAACGUGGAGAACCGCAAACAUCAGGGCACCCUCUUCUUCCCCCUCCCAGAUGGGACUGGCUGGCUGUACAUGCUGCACGGGACUUCCGAGCUCCCCAAGGCGGUGGCCAAUAUCUACCGUGAAGUGCCAUGUAAGACACCCUACACUGAGCUCCUGCCAGUCACCAACUGGCUGAACAAGCCCCAGAGAUUCCGGGUCAUUGUGGAGAUACUGAAGCCAGAGAAGCCUGACAUGAGUGUCACCUUAAAGGGCCUUGACUACAUUGAUGUGCUGUCCUCCUCCAAGAAAGACUACAAGCUGAACUUCUUCUCCUACAAGGAGGGGCUGUACACAGCAAAGGUGAUCUUCCGAAACGAGGUGACCAACGAGUUCCUAUACUACACGUUGAGUUUCAGGGUCAUCCCUUCAGGCGUCAUCAAAACCAUUGAGAUGGUGAGCCCCGUCCGGCAGAGCACCUCGGCCUUCAUCAAGGUGGAAAACCCCCUGCCUUACAUGGUGACCUUCUCCACGGAGUGUAGGAUGCCCGACAUCAGCCUGCCCUCCCAGUUCGUGGUGCCGGCCAACUCUGAGGGAACGUUCACAUUUGAAUUCCAGCCCCUGAAAGCUGGAGAAACCUUCGGGAAACUGACACUGCACAACAGCGAGCUGGGUUACUACCCAUAUGAGCUCAAUUUGAAAGCCUUGCCAGCACUGCCUGAAAAGCCCGUCCACUUCCAGGCUGUUCUUGGCAGUGGCCAGAGCAUCUUUGCCAAGUUCACCAAUUACACUCGGCAGAAGACGGAAUACUACUGCAGGACUGACUGUCCAGACUUCCACACGGAAAAGGUCAUCUACGCGGCGCCUGGGGCACAGGGCGGCACGGAGGUCAGCGUGGAGGUGUACUUUGAGCCCAGCCACCUGGGCGAGAGCAAGGGCAUCCUGACCCUGUCGUCGCUCGCGGGCGGCGAGUACACCAUCCCCCUCUUCGGGGUGGCCCUGGCCCCCAAGCCGCAAGGCCCCUUCCUGAUCCGAGCCGGCUACAGCAUCAUCAUCCCCUUCAAGAACGUCUUCUACCGCCCGGUCACCUUCUCCUUCCUCGUGGAGAACAGCGCGUUCUCCAUCCGCGCCGCGGACUCUGUGAAGCCCAAGAAGAUCAACAACAUCACAGUCUACUUCGAAGGAAACCCAUCCGGCAGCAAGACGCCCAUCACCAGCAAGCUGAUUGUGACCUGCCCGCCCGGCGAAGGCAGCGACACUGGGAUUAAGUGGGUUUACUACCUGAAGGGGAUCACCCAGUAG